UAUAGUAUAGUUUUUAAAUAUAUUUCUAUCAGAUGAUAAAAAAAAAGCAAUGAAAACUACAAAAUAAUUCUGAAUCAUGUACUUAAAAUAUAUUUGUAAAGAUACAAAAGAUAUCUUAAACAGAUUUCAUUGAAAUUCUUUCGUAACUAGUAUUUAUAUAGAAUUUACAUACAAAAUAUUUUGAAUAACUUUUUAAAAUAACUUAUCAGGGUUUAUAUAUUUUAUUAAAAAUAAAUUCAAUGAAAUUUGUGCUCUGUGCUUUUAUUACGUCAUUAUUUUACAGUGACGUUUCUGGAUGCAUAUAUGCGCUUGUAAUGCGUUUUUAAAAAUACGUUUGAAUCUCAAAGGAAACUUCAGUAAAUCUUUUCCUUAAAUGUAAUCAAUAUUGUAAUGAAUGUGAGAAUGUGAGUGUAUAAUGAAACUUAUUAAUCACUUGCAUUGCAAUUUCUAUUUUUAUAAAAUGAAACAGCGUUUGCGAAUGUCAUUCUAAUGUUGGUAGAAAUUAUUUUUACUUGUUAAAUUGGUCCAGAUCUGACUUUUGAAAAGAUUUCGGCUGACUAGGUUCAAACAAAAAGAAUAAUAUAUUGUACUAUGCUAGAUGAUGUACUAAGACACUAAGUACCUGAAAAUAUGAAAUGUUUUUCUAAACUACUGAAAAUGAUCCUUCUGUAAACAGAAAGGUAUGUUUGGCUUCUCUAAAAAUAUAUUUGUAUAAUACAAAAUGAAACUGUCAUCAAAACUGCAAUUGUUAUUAAUUUUUGAAACUAUAAGAAAUUUUAAUAUAAUUUUUCUAAAUACUGUGUAACAUGCAGGUGAAACGUAUCUGUAUAGAUAAAUAUUAAGUAACAUUUGUUAAAUAAUACAAUGAUUGUUCGAUUACGAAUACUUUUCAUUCCCAAAAAUCUUCCUCGAAUACACAGAUCAACAUAUAUAAUACAAAAUAUGAACAGUAUUAUUCGUGUUGACUGAAAUUUGGUACUCUCGGCGGUUGUAAUUCAAGAAAGUCACAUCUUAAUGAUAUUAGACACUGUGCACGCGAUAUGUGAAUGAUAUAUUCGCACUUCAUCAUGAUCUUCAACAUGCAUAUUCAUUUAUGCGUAUGUGACACAAGUAUUUUUUUUUUCGUCGCAUUAUUGGAGUGUAUGCAAUCGUUAUCGAACUCUAUAUUAUCUACAUGCCUAUAAUUGUCAAUUCAAAUGAAAAUUUCGCAAAAAUAUUACUUAUCAUGAUUUUCAAUUUUUAAUGAUCUUUAAUUAUCUUCAUUACUUAGUCAGACAAUUUUGAUUGACGCUGAAAAAUAUUUAAAAUCAAUUUCAAGAUUUUUCUUAGAAUACUUCUAGUAUGUCAAAGUUUCUAGAAAAGAUUGAGUGUCAUUUAAUUGUAUGUCAUUUAAUUGUACGGAUGAUGAAAAUCAUUAAUUUGCAUACGCAUAAUUCACAGUCAUAAUAAAAUUAUGUAAUGCUACUAGAAACAUCAGGUAUUCUCACUAUGGAUAAUGAGCAUCUCAUUUGAAUAUUUAUCUAUCUUCUCUUUUUAAACAUGUUUUUUUAUUCCUUUUCUUUCUUAAAUUACGCAGAAUAAUUCAAGAGUAAUUCCGAGGUCAAAUCAUCUAUCAAUGUACAUUAAUAUUAUUAUAAUUUUCCAAUUGAUUAAUCUUCAACAAAGGAGUGCAGUUUGGUGUGAAGGAACAAAAGAAGCAAAGUAGUAAUUAAUCCUGAUAAAAACUAAACAGCUAAAUUAAAAUGCCCAUUAUUAUUGCAUUCUCAACUUUUCUCUUAGCAAAUGAACGCUCUGUUUGUUGGAUCAGAAGUAACAAAAGAGAAAAGAGAAUAAUUUCCCAAUUCAUCCAAGGUCCUGUUUGCGAUAUCCGUUAGAAAAAGAGGCAAAAAAGGAGAGCCAGUACCGCGAAUCUCGGUGAAGCAAAUGCAACUGAAGGUAGUUAACACGCAACAAUCUUGUCCUUGAUCCGUGGACAUUAGUAUAAAGGAAACUGUACGAGCACCACGCGGAGCAGAUUGAGGGAAACCUCGAUGCGCAACCAUGCCGGCCAACGAGGAAACUUUGAGCGUCUCCUCUGAUCGAAUGAGAAACAAUUUCUUGGGAAAAGUUUGUGACAACGGUUUACAAAGCAGUCCUGCUCGUGUAUUUUCCGACGACGAUGAAGAGGAUGGUCAGAAUUGUUGUCCAGAAUCUAUUAUCAACGAAGAUAGCGAAGAAAAUUGUAAUUAUAAAAGUCUUCCAGUGAGAGAGGUCCAUGAAAAGUUUAUGAAGAGUUUUGUUGAUCUGCUCCUGGAAGAAGCAGUUUUUGAGGGAACUUCAAGGAAAAACAAAGUAGUGGAAUGGAUGGAACCAGCAGCACUUCAAUCAGCUAUUGACUUGAAAUUGUCUGACCAAGGAUCAUCUCAUAAAAAGCUUGCCACUCUUGCCCGCAAUGUAAUUAAGUACAGCGUAAAAACAGGCCAUCCUCGGUUCAUAAAUCAACUAUAUUCCAGUGUGGAUCCAUACGGUCUUCUUGGACAAUGGUUAACAGAUGCCUUAAAUCCUUCAGUUUACACGUAUGAAGUUUCUCCAGUAUUCUCCUUAAUGGAAGAGGAGAUACUGUACGAAAUGAGAAAGAUAGUUGGCUGGAAGGAUGGCAGAGGUGAAGGAAUGUUCUGCCCUGGUGGUUCUAUUGCCAAUGGCUACGCAAUCAAUCUGGCACGGCACUAUAGGUUUCCUGAGUUGAAGGAGUUAGGUUUAUCCAGUGCUGGCAGAUUAAUAAUUUUCACAUCCAGAGAUUCUCACUAUUCUGUCAAGAAGCUCAGUGCAUUCCUGGGAUUAGGCACUAAUAAUGUCUACGAAAUAAAAACUGACAGUAGAGGAAAGAUGUGCGUAAUAGACCUGGAAGCACAGAUCAAGAAAGCUCUUGACGAAGGUGCAGUGCCUUUGAUGGUCUCUGCCACGGCAGGGACCACAGUUCUAGGUGCCUUUGAUCCAUUAAAAGAGAUAGCCGUCAUUUGCAAGAAAUACAGUCUGUGGUUCCAUGUAGAUGCAGCUUGGGGAGGUGGAGCUUUGAUGUCAAAGAAGCACAGGUAUCUCCUGGCUGGUGUUGAGCUGGCAGAUUCUGUCACUUGGAAUCCACACAAAUUGCUGGCCGCUCCGCAGCAAUGUUCAACAUUGUUACUGCGUCAUGAGAGUCUCCUGCAAGCAGCGCACGGUUCAAAAGCCAGUUAUCUCUUUCAACCUGAUAAAUUUUAUAAUAUUUCUUUCGACAGUGGAGACAAGCACAUUCAGUGCGGCCGGAAGGCAGACGUGCUGAAAUUCUGGUUUAUGUGGAAGGCGAAGGGCACUCGAGGAUUGGAGAAACACGUGGAUCGGGUGUUCGAACUGGCGCGGUACUUCACGAAUUACAUAAGACACCGAGAAGGUUUCAAACUGAUGCUCGAGCCCGAGUGUACCAACGUUUGUUUCUGGUACGUGCCACCCUCGAAGCGUCACUUGCAAGGCGACGAACUGUCGAAGGCACUCCAGAAAAUCGGGCCAACAGUGAAGGAGCGUAUGAUGAAGAAAGGCUCGAUGUUGAUCACGUAUCAGCCUCUACACGAGCUACCUAAUUUUUUCAGGCUCGUUUUGCAAAACUCUGGUCUCACCGAGGCUGACAUGAGAUUCUUCGCAGAAGAGAUCGAGAGGCUUGCAGUUGAUCUGUAGAAUUCGUACUUUUUAAAUUGAAAUUUUAAUUAUGUAACUUUCAAUUUCGCCGAGGAUUUCUGCUAACGGCGAAAGCUUUCAAUAAAAAAAAAAA